AUGAUGAUGGAGAAAUUACAAGGAUCUGACACCCCUGUAGCAGUCCUGGAAAAGAGCAAGAGAGAGAUCCUAAGGCAUACCAAGAGGGCAUGGACACCUCUGGAUGGCCAGCUCCUUCUUGGCUCUGAAGAAGAAAGCGCAAUGGUCUCUAUGCACAUGCCAGAAAAUUCCAAACAGGAAAGUAUCCAGCAGUGGCUGGACUCUGGAUUCUUUGUCUCUGUAAAUGAAAACUUCCAGCAAGCCAUCAACCAUUCUGCUUCUUUGCAUGAACAAGGAAUGGUUCAAAUGACUGUGAAAGACUACAUGAGAUCUCUGCAUCAGUUCUCAGAGACUCCUACCCUGUCCAGAGGGACUAGUUUCAACUCGUGCUAUUCCACCACAGGGGUACCACAAAGCAUUCCUGAAUGGCUGGAAUUUUGGGAAAAAGACCCAGUGGAGAUUCUCCUGGAUCUAGGCUUUGGUGCUGAUGAGCCAGAUAUCUGCACACAAAUCCCAGACAGAUUCCUUGGUUGCAGCUCAGCAGCCAGAGGAAUCAACAUCCGUGUUUUUCUUGAAGCACAGAAGCAGAGGAUGGACUUGGAGAACCCUGACUUGUACGGCCGGUUCCAACAGUUGGAAAUCUUGGAUCAUGUGACCAAUGCCUUCUCAUCUUUGUUGAAUGAUGUUAACACCCUCCAGAACCAAGCUGAAGAGAAAGCUGAAAGACAGGGUAUGCAUAGCCCCACAUCCAGUGGCGCUAAAGAGCAUCGGCAAAGAAUGAGUCAACUUUUAAGAACUUCAAGGCAGAAUAUCAGGAGGGUUGGUAACCCAGCACUGUCAGAACCAUUCAAGAUGGAAGAUGGGACUUCUACUCUGCCAACCAAGCCAUGGGAGCAUAGACUGGAACUACAAGUGGCUUCCAUUAGCAAUGAUGGGAGUCAAGUGCCUCCUUCUAUAGAGCAUGGUUCUGCCCAAGCCUGCAAUGACUUGUUACCUUGUCUUCCUCCACAAGCUCUUCUGGACAAGCAGUGGCCUUGUUCAUCCUCACUGGCAAAACAGUCUCCUCAUACCAAUGUGUCUGAGGGGUCAGUUAGGAGAAAAACUUGGAUAGAUAAGUGGAUUCACAUGGACAAGCUUAAGAACUUGUCUCACAUUGUGAGUAAAGGACCAGACUCCUUUGAAAUGGAAGAGGUCCAAAGCUUUGAAGAAGACAUUGGCAACCCUAUUAACCCGAUUUCAGGAAUUGUAGGCACCCGAGUGGACAGAACCAACAGCUGUCAGUCGGACAGCAGUGGGUUUUUGGAGGAGCUGCCAGACCCCCAUCCCUUCCAGGUGUCUUCCUUGCCAGGCAGCCAGAGUCCCACUGAGGGUAGAGGUAGCAAACCAAGGGAUCAGAGUCAUAGCCCAGCACCAUGGCAGGACUGUCAGCAAGAGUCCAAUGGCUCUGAAACCAAGAGUAUGGUGAGCUCAUCUUUGUCAAGCCAUGAUAGGAGUAUAUUGGAAGGAAAGGUCUCAGCAUCCAUGGAGGAGGAGGAGCUUCAACUUGAGGCUAUGGAGGAGCUACCAAAGAUACUCACCCCAGAUACGACCCUCACCAAGACCACGAUGGUGGGAGAAUACCCAGGGAGUCUUGUUGGAACUGUAGUCACUUCUACAUGUAAUAACACAAUGGGGAUCAUGGUGGCUCCUGUCACAGAAAAGGAAGACAGAUCUCUGAGACAUAAGGGUACUGGGAAAAUGCUGAUACAAAGGCACCGCUUUGAGUCACCAAGGUCAUCCAGGAUUGAUCAGACUCCAGACAGUUUCUAUCUCGUGGACUCUGAGAUCCCAGGAACAGAGGACAGCAGCAAGGCCUGCCCCGACACCAAACAAAGCUCAGUAGUGCAGGAGAAGCUAGCACAGCACUCUCAACAGCACGGAGGAGCCACGCCCUAUAAAGGUGACCUUGUUCAAAACUCUGAUAAGUCAGCUCCCCACCUUGAGAAGCCACCUGGAGAUGCUCCCACUGACUCAAAUGCUGCCAGCUCUUGGUCUGUGACAACCCAGAUGUCCUCCAAUCUGGUGUCAGCUGCUCAGAGUGUUGUAGACUUGGGGACCUACUAUAAAGGAACAGCUUUAGAUUGCAGUCCAUGUGACCCUGUUAAUACCACAGACCUGAGAGUGCAGACAGAAGCAAAGCAGGUCAAUGAUGUUGCUGUUCAGACUUACACAUAUGAAUGCAAACCCAGGCCCUCACAUAAGGCCUUAAUUCAUAGACCCUGGCCCCUCACCAAAUCCAUCUCUUUGGACACAGGUUUUUCUAGCACCUCCCCAACAGGCCUCUGUCACACCAUACCUGCCCACUGUUGUGUCUGCUGUCAUCACUGUCCCAAUUGCCAGGGAAGGAGGCAAAUCCCUGGCCCAGAACCCUCUAUUUGCAGGCAUUUCCUGUACUCACAUGCAGAGGAUCCUGAAGCCCGGUUCACGAAGACAUUGAAAAUACUUCAGGACACUACUGUGAGGGACUUGUGUUCUUGCACAGUCUAUGAGAUGGAAACCAUGAAGAUGGUGUGCCAGAGUUUCCAGGAGCACUUAGAGGAAAUUGAACAGCACUUCAUGGGACAGCAGGCACUCUUUCCCAGGGACAUGUCAGAAGAGGAAAGGGAAGAGGCUGAGGACCUGAGGACUUUGCGAGAGGCCCUGAGGCAGCAGGUGGCAGAGCUGGCAUUUCAGUUAGGAGACCGGGCCAGGCAAAUCAAAGAGGGUGUCCUACUGCAGCUAGACCUUCUCUCAGAGGAGCUACCUGAACACUGUGCAAAUCUGCAACAAUGCAAAUGGACAGAGGGAGAGUACGGCCAGAGUUCAUGUGUUCAAACCCACACUGUGUCCCCCGAGCCUGCCCUGCCUGACAGCAAUGGGCAGCAGAUUCCCUGCUCGGGGGUGGCUCAGCUAGUUGCUCUUGGUCCCUCUGACCUUGAGACCAGACGUGGGAUGUCUCUACAGUCACCAGCUAUGACAGAGUCAGGUCCGGGUCCUUCAUCAAGUAGUACAGUAGAGGAAUCUCUGCUGGACCAGAGAGUUUGA